ACUAACAAGAACAAUAUGAAGUAUUUUUUAAUUGCCGUGUCAAUCCUGGUACCUUUAACUGCUGCAGCCAGUGUGGGCCGAGAUCUAAAAGCAGAUGGGCAGUCAAAGGCGCCACCUAACAAAUCGGCCUUUGUUGAAUCCUUGGAACAACUGCAUAGACCACCACCUCUAAAACCUGCCCUGAAUCGUGCCAAUGUGGAGACUCGCUGGUUCACCCAAUUUCUAGACAACUUUGAUCCUGAAAAUAAUGCUACCUGGCAGAAUCGUUAUAUGAUCAACGAAGACUAUCAUGUAAAGGGAUCGCCCAUUUUUGUAAAUUUGGGUGGAGAAUGGGCCAUUAACGCAGCUGGUAUAUCCUCAGGACUCUGGGUUGAUAUUGCCAAACAACAUAAUGGCUCUCUCAUAUAUACCGAACAUCGAUUCUUUGGCGAAAGCAUACCCAUCAAGCCACUUUCCACUGAGAAUCUAAAAUAUCAGUCAGUUGACCAGGCUUUAUUCGAUGUUGUCGCACUUAUUGAUUCUCUGCUAGAAACGGAGAAAUAUAAUGGUUCAAAAGUGGUUGUAUCUGGCUGUUCAUAUUCAGCCACAAUGGCUACUUGGUUGCGUAAAGAGUAUCCCGAUGUCAUAAAAGGAAGUUGGGUCUCAUCGGGUCCACUUGUGGCCAAAGUGGAUUUCUCAGAUUACAUGGUAGUGGUUGGAAAGGCUUACAAAAAGUUAGGCGGUGAUUAUUGCUAUAAUCUGAUAGACAAUGCCACAACAUACUAUCAGAACUUAUUUGCCACUGGUCAAGGUGAAAAAGCCAAAGAGGAAUUGAAUCUCUGCGAGGAUUUCGAUGUCGAUAGCGAGAGCGACCAAUGGCAAAUCUUUAGUACAAUAGCAAAUGUCUUUGCUGACAUCGCUCAAUAUCAAAAACCCGACAACUACGACUUGCCCAAAUAUUGCUCAGUUCUGAGAAGCUUCAGUGAUGAUGAUGCUGUCGCCUUGUCCCAAUUUGUUCAAUGGCGUUUGAAGAGACCCGAAUGUAUACCAAUCAAUUAUCAAGGAGCCGUAGACUACUACAAAUGGUCCAUGGACAACUAUCAAGGCACUGGCAUUGCAUGGACUUAUCAAACUUGCAACGAAUUCGGUUGGUUCCAAUCGUCCGCCGGCAGAAAGCAACCAUUUGGGAAAUCUUUCCCUGCCACCCUUUACACGGACACAUGCUAUGAUGUGUUUAGUUCGAAUUAUACCGUUGCCAACAUUAAUUCUAACAUUGCUGCAACCAAUAAGGAUUACGGUGGACUCAAUCCAGGAGUGACCAAUGUCUAUUUCGUUCAGGGAGCUUUGGAUCCUUGGUCUAAGGUGGGCGCCGGUGUCAAGCAAGGGGCAACCAUUAUACCCAAUGCUUCACAUUGUCCGGAUCAAGAUUCUAUUAGUGAUAGCGAUAGCGCAGAAUUGCGUGCCUCAAAGGAGAAAUUGGUGGAAUUGGUUAGGAAAUGGCUGACCGAAUAGUAGAUUUAUUAAAAAUUAUUAGUAAGAUAUUAUAAGACUCUUCGAGUGUCCAUAUUCAUUUGAUAAGAAUUUAAAAGAAGUUUUCUAAGUGAUUGCAUUUAAUAACUGUUUAACACAAGUGCUAUCAAAAUACUUUGAAGUGAUUAAAAGUUAACUCAGCAGCACUUUUAGUCAUGAUAAUAAAAUGUACUUAUA